UUUUGAUCCAAGCUUUGCAGGAUAGAUGGAGUCACAGAAGAGACUCCAUGCUUCACAGCAGAACAGAAAACCAUCUGAAGCAGGGGAGGUCGCAGUUCAAAUCCAGAGAAUCUGGGUAUGGAUGCUGCUGGUGUUAACAGUGUUGGUGGUUGAACUGCCUGCUGCUCACCACUGGUGUAUUUUUGAUGAGGUUCGGACUCAGGUCAGAGUGGUUAGAGCAACAUCCACUCAUACCAGACUCAGAGCUCUGACUGGGCAGAAGCACCAGCUAAGCCCUGGACGUCUAAGCAGACAUUCGAGACUUGAAGUCACACGGAGGAGCCUCCUGGGAAGCGUAGUCCAACCUUCCUCCAGCCUUUUGCAGCCAAUCAGGAUAAAAACCUGGACAGCCAGAGAAAGUUACAAACUGCCUGAAGCUGAGAAAGAGAGGUUGGAGAAAGCUGUGGAAGAGGCUGUGAGGGUGGUGUCUUCUUUACUUUCAGUGAACAGAACUGUAAGAACAUUUCUUCUGAGCAGAGACAUCAACAAAUACUGCAAGUUUGUUUGGAGGAAUUCAAGCUUGCUGAACUACAACAGAUGUGGAAGAGCCAACAGAAACUAUAGGACUGAAACUUGUCUUCAUGUCACAAUCCCAGAUGACCAUCUGUCUGGAUGUUACGUUUACCCAGAGCCUAAUUCUCUUCACGGGACCGUUGUCAGACCGGAAGGAACUGGACUUCCUGACACAGACUUCCUGAUUUACAUCCAUGUACAAGCCACUGACAAAUGUAGAGCAGAGCCCAGCGUCCUAGCUUACGCUGUCCACUGCCAGACAGACGCCCUGGGACGACCUGUGGCCGGUGUGGUGGUCCUCUGCAGGGACAGGCUGACUGGAGCUGCAUAUAGUCACCAGACUACAGUCCAGACUGUUAUCCAUGAGAUGUUUCAUGCGCUUGGGUUCUCUAAAGAUCUCUUCAGCUCCUGGCAAGACUGCUCAUCUUCUCAUCAAGUAGGUGCUUCAUGUUCUCCUCGAAAUAAAGUGAUUCACUCAGAUGGAUCUGGACAGAUGAGGAUUUACACUCCGACCAUCAUCUCAGCCCUUCAGAAACACUUGAUGUCCACUGAUCCUGAACUGGGUGGGCCACUGGAGAACCUGGAUGUAACUGGACGCAAGGUUUCCUCUCACUGGGAGUCCCGGGUCCUUCAGGGGUCCAUCAUGGCGGCGUCGCUGGGAGACCCGACCACAGUCCGGAUCGACCCAGUCACAUUAGCAGCAUUACAGGACACAGGAUGGUACUCUGUGAACCUGAGCCAGGCACAGAGUCUGGUCUGGGGAGAUGGUGAAGGAGACGCAUUUGGGUCACCGUUGACCUGCACAGACAACUCAUCAUCCUUUUUCUGCUCUGGAAGUGGAGUUGGAUGUCACUUUCUUCACCUCCACAAGGGGAAGUGUCAGACUGAUCAGUACCUGGAAGGGUGUCGGCUCUAUAAACCCCUGGAGAAUGGAAGUGAAUGUUGGAAGCAAGAAAACACAAAAUGGUCUCCUGCACAUAACUGGAGUGGAGAGAUUUUUGGCUUUGACAGCCGCUGCUUCUUCUCUAGCCUCAUCAGACAGGGAAGUGUUGUUCGGAUCAGCAGCUCUGCUGAGGGUCGUUGCUACAGACACAGAUGUUCUGGACUGAACAGGUACCAGAUCCAGCUACCUGGCUCUGAAUGGGUAGACUGUCCAGCAGGGGGCGCCGUUCAGAUGAAAGGAUACCAAGGGGAAGUGUUUUGCCCCGACAGACGGUUGUGUCUGUACCCUGAUGUUGCUCCUCCUGUAGAAGACACAAACUCACCCUCUGGUCGCAGCACAGGCGAGCCCGAUGGGAAAAUCAUUUUAGCUCCCAGUGUUACCUGGUCUGCUGCUGUGUUCUUCUUGGUCGCUCUGCUGGUUUCGUACUGGAAGUAUAGGACCUGCACGGUCAGGAGCCGCACUGUGGCUCCAGAGGAUCAUCUGUAGAAAAC